AUGCAGUUAUAUUUUUGCCAACCCCCUAGCUGCUACUCUGGCCAAGCCUUGAGCAAGGCGAGAGGGCCUGUGCUCCCCGUGCUGGUGCAGUCACUGUUGGAUAGUCUCAUAGCCAUCAUGGCAAGGGUUUCAACGUGA